AAUAAAGACGAGCGGGGGCUACAGCUGCAGUAAGUUUCACCGCAGCUAGAGCUCCGAGUGGCCGUCCAGAAGCGGAGCUCGGCGGUGCGGUCGGCUUCACCGCAGUGUUCCCCGGCCGGGUGUCUCGCCGCAGCCUCGGGAGAGAAGACGGACCUCUCCUCCUUCUGUCAGAGACAUGUCUGCGCCAGCUCAGCCACCCACCGAAGGGGCAGAAGGGACUGCCCCAGGUGGGGGUCCCCCUGGCCCUCCUCCUAACAUGACCAGUAACAGACGACUACAGCAGACGCAGGCACAAGUGGAGGAGGUGGUGGACAUCAUGCGUGUAAAUGUGGACAAGGUCCUGGAGAGGGACCAGAAGCUGUCAGAGCUGGAUGACAGAGCCGACGCUUUGCAGGCGGGCGCAUCACAAUUUGAGAGCAGCGCUGCCAAGCUAAAGAGGAAGUAUUGGUGGAAAAACUGCAAGAUGAUGAUCAUGCUGGGAGCCGUCUGUGCUAUCAUCGUGGUAGUUAUUGUAAUCUACUUUUUCGCUUGAGAAUGUGCCACCCCUGCCCUGUUCUCCAUUGCCAUCCAAACUCACGUCCCUGUCCUGCUGUUUCUCCCCAGAACUUCCCCAUCUGCCUUCCUCCAUCCCAGCCCUGCUUCUCCAUCGCCCACUCCUCCCCUUCCGUUGCUUUCAUUUGCGCUCUGUCCUACGACACUGGAAAUGCUGCUCGUGGUGCAGUCUUGAAUUAACUACCUGAAGAACAACAGCUGGCAUCUCCUUCCUACCCUCUCAUGUUCUCUCAAGUUCCCCCAAAGCCAAAAAGAGUUGGGAGGCCAAGGGAUGGGGAAGGGGUGUAGCUGAGGUGACGUGCUCAAGAAGGGGCCAAGACUGGGACGAGGAGAAGAGUGUUGUGCCCAUGGUGUUGCCAGGAAAGGCCAGGCCGCUGGCCGGAGGAGGCUGGGAGCAGCUGGGAGGAGGCCCCCUCACCUCUCCUGUGCCAGGCCUGCAGAGGAGCCUGGGCCGGGCCCCAAGUCCAGCUUGGUCCUGGUGCAGGACCCUUUUAGAAAGUCAAACCUGUUUUUCACAGUUAUUUCCCAUCUGUUAGUCCAAGAUCUUCUAUGUCUUCAGGGAUCUUAACAACCUUUUACUUUGUCCUCCAGAGACCUAGAGAACACGUAUUAAUAGCGAAAAUAUCAGGACUCUCGUUCCCAUCCUAGAAACAGUCCCACAAGCUCAUACCUGGAAGGGGCUCUUGUCCACGUUUUCUACAGCAUUCUGUAUUGUUCGUGAGGGCAUCAAAUAAUUUCAUUUAGCCAAAGUUUGAGCCUCUCAAUUUUAGUUAUUGGCAUAGAUAAUGAGAGAAUGCCCGUUAGUUAUAGAGAAACAGCGAGUCAAGGGCCUAAUCUGAAAAUACCAGGCUUGGAGGAAGCCACUUCUCACCCUCUUGUUACAAGCGUCCUGUACCUCCCUUGCUGUUGAUGGAGGAGGAUGAGAUGUCGGAGUGAGGAGCCCUGGACCCUCUGGGAGUCCUUCCCCCGACACCACCCCCGUGUACUUGCCAAAGACAGGGAUGAGGAGAGGGGCCCUUCCUGAGGCCCGGCCGCUCCUGAGCGUUGGGAGAGUCCGGGGCCCCCGCCAGCCUUGGGGUGGAGGUGGAGCCGUCAGCAGGCGGGCCUGCUCGUUGACUGCUGGGCCACCACGGCGCCUUCUCAUCUGGAGCGGCCCCUCUGUUCUUCCCACAGUAUGUUCCCCUUCCAAAGCACCCCUGCCCAUCUGAAUUCCCUUUCCUUUCCUCCUCUUUGCAUGGUUUGUGGCACAGACAGUGGGACCUGAGGAUGGAGCUGCUCAGCCUGUCUCGGGGGCCGGUGCUGGGCUUCAGGAAAGGGCACUCAGUGGGACAGACCCGGGUGAGAGGGGAGGAGGGCCGGCUGGGAACAGAACGGGGACCGCCCCACGUCCCGUCGUUCCUUCCGUCCACCGGUCCACCAGCAGGAGGCUGGGCCAGGCUCGCUUUCCACGCAGCAGCAUUUCGUUCCGCAAAACCAUCCUUCCUCUCCCUUCGCCCUGUUCCCACAUUCCCUUCGUCCUGCCCCAGGGCGGGACGGAAGAGCUGGACGAAGGCAGUCUGUGUACCCUCCUAACGGGCCCCCUCGAAGGCCUCCACUCUCCUCUGGGCUCCCCUUGCCUAAUGCAGGGGGUCACCGCUGGAGAAGAACCACCACUGUCCUCGAUGUGUCCCAAGCCUGGAGCAAAUCCGCCCUCUUGGCCCGCCCCAUCACAGGAAUCACUUCUGGGUUUCUGUCCCAUCUGUCCCAGGUGUAGUUAGUUGGCUUUGUUCUUCUGGGGACGUUAGCCCUUCUACUCUCUUUCUCACCCUGCCCUGUACCCCCCUCUUGCUGUGUCUUUGCCGCCUCCCUUCCCUCCCACCACCCAUGUGCAUGAGCAAAUAUGCAGCUAAGCCUGGGGCUCGGCAGUCACGCGAGGCCGGGUCUCCACGGCCCCUCUUGGGUUUGCCGUGAGACGAUGUGGCGUCCCCACUGUGUGUCUGUCAUCACCUCUCUGUCUUUUUUUCUAACCCCACUCUCCUACUUGUACAGAAAUAACAAUUGUACUUCCACCAAAGGCAUGUGGCGUAUUUACCAAUUUCCUGUAUCUGAACAAAGGCAAAACAAAAAUACAACUUCCUACC